AUCCGAACGUGUCGAGUUGAGCUAGCUGCAAAUUAUAGUGUUUAGCGCCUUUUUUUUUUUUUUUUGUUUUGUUUGAAAACCAAAACAAUCGUGUACGGUCUUCUUGACGCGUCACGUUUUUUCGGCCAGUGUUCCAGGGAGGAUCCAAUAUUCUCCUUAAAAUUAAUCCAGAUAAGCAAUUUGCUUUGAAAAAUCAUGACGGAAGUGAAAAUAGAGGAGUGGCCAGAUAGAAUAGCUGAGGUAUUCAAAGGUCGUGAAAUUUUGCUCACCGGUGGCACUGGAUUUUUAGGAAAAGUCAUAAUUGAGAAAUUUUUGCGAUGCCUGCCAGAAAUCGAACAAAUUUAUCUUCUCGUGAGGCCGAAGAAAGGAAAGGAUCCCAAACAUCGUCUCGAUGACAUAUUUAAUUCCGCUCUUUUUGAGAAAGUCAGAACGCAACGAGGAAUUGAAGCUCUGAAGAAAUCGGUGACAAUAAUUAGCGGUGACGUAUCCCUGCCAGGAUUGGGAUUGUCAGCAGAGGACAGAAAACUGAUAUGUGAGAAAGUCAGCAUUGUUUAUCAUGGAGCAGCCACAGUCAGGUUUGACGAACUACUUAAAAGAGCAGUUUUGCUGAAUACUCGUGGCACAAAACAAAUGUUAGACUUGGCCAAAGAAAUUAAAAAUUUAGUUCUUUUCGCACACAUUAGCACUGCCUAUUGUCAUCUCGAAGAGAAGCUUCUUGGAGAAAAAUCAUAUCCUCCACCGUCGAAUCCGCAUAAAAUUAUAAAAUGUGUCGAAUGGAUGGACGACGAUGUCGUAGAGGCAAUGACUGAUAAAAUUUUGGGAAAUUUACCAAAUACUUAUGCGUUCACAAAAGCCUUGUCCGAAGGUCUCGUCGAAGAAGCCAUGCCACACAUUCCAGCAGUUAUUUUGCGACCAAGCAUAGUGAUUCCAGUUUGGAAGGAGCCAGUGCCAGGUUGGACGGACAAUAUUAAUGGACCAACAGGACUUUUAAUUGGUGCCGGAAAGGGCGUUAUCAGAACAAUGUAUUGUAACGAAAAUGGUUACGCUGAUUAUUUACCAGUCGACAUUGCAGUUAAUGCAAUUUUAACAGCCUCUUGGAAUUUUCUUUACUGCAAGGAACACGAGAAGAGAGUUUACAAUCUCACCAGCAGCAGUGACUUCAAGGUGACCUGGGCGGAAAUAAUAGAACGAGGACGACGAGUUACGGAAAAAGUUCCUCUUAACGGCGUUGUCUGGUAUCCUGGUGGUAGUAUGAAAAAAUCCCGUCUCAUGCACAAUAUUUGUGUCCUCUUCUUUCACAUGAUUCCCGCCUACAUAAUCGAUGCUCUCAUAUUUCUCGCCGGACACAAACCAAUAAUGUGUAGAGUACAUCGACGAAUUCAAAAGGGUUUUGAAGUCUUUGAAUAUUACGCCAAUAAUCAAUGGGAUUUUGUAAAUACCAAUAUUACACAAAUUAGGGAUAAAUUAAAUCCACGUGAGAAGAUAAUGUACCAAAUUCAUGGCGAUGAUUUGGACCUGGAUGCAUAUUUUGAAGCUUGCAUAAGAUCCGCGAGAGUUUUUAUUCUCAAUGAACCACUAGAAACACUGCCUGCUGCUCGUAGACAUAUGAAAGUUAUGUACUGGGUGGACGUUAUAACAAAGAUUCUCUUCUUCGUUCUGAUUAUUUACAUGUUCGCCUGUUGGAGCGACAGUUUUCGACAACUAUUAGCUCGAGGCUGGGAAUUAGUCACUCGACAGCUGUCUUCUUAAUUUAUAAUUAAUUUUUUGUAGACCAUAACUUAUAUUUUUGUACUCUUGACCAAUUUUAACGGUCAUUAAAAAUCGACUGCAAAAUAUUUCGUAAAAAAUAUUAAACACAAAAUUUAAUCCUGUAUGAAAAAAAAAAGAUUUUGUAUAUUCAGCGAAAUGUAACAACGUAAAUGGUGGAUAAAAAUUGUUUUAAAUUUUGGAAGAAGAAAUAAUUAGUUUGAAGAAAAAAUAUUUACUGUAAAGAAGAAAUAUUUACUUUGAAGUGAAAAUAUUUUU